AUGGAGUCGCCAAUGCAUAUCUAUCAUCGUGAGGCCCUGGCCGCUCCCGCUGAUCGAUCAGAGAUGGUCCUGCAAAGUAUUGUUAUCCUGGUCGUGUCAGUUCUUUCCAUUCUUGGAGCUGGAUGGAUUAUCGUCUUCAAAAGUCUCCGAUCAUUCCGCCAUCAACUCAUUCUUGGGCUCGCAGCUAGCGACUUUCUGAUGGCUCUCAACUUUCUCUCAUCGACUGCCAUGAACAUCAACGGCAAGGAGAUCGGUGCUCCAGAGCAUCAAACAUUCUGCAGUUUCAAUGGUUUCAUGACCCAAGUAUUUGUCAUACAGACAGAUUACUGGGUCUUAACUAUUGCAAUGUGCACCUACGUCAUUUUGGCAGGUUACAAAUCCUUAUCAUCCUGGGUCCAAGAUCAACGCAUCUUCCUUUCGUGUCUUCCCUGGGUACUUAGCCUUCUUUGGGCUGGAAUUGGACUGAAACUGGCGGGAUAUGGUGAUAUUGGAGCUUGGUGCUGGUUCACUUCCGAUGAAGUCCGCCUCCUUGCCAACUUUGUUCCGCGAUGGGUCAUCAUCAUCACCAUCCUCUCCAUGUACGCUCGUCUGUACUUCAUUCUCCGAAAAUCGCAUAAGAGUUUCAUCUCACUUGGAAACUCAAACUCGACAUCAGAACCCUCUAGAGAACGGACUAUUACGCGGUCGAAUCAUGAUGUCUGGCGCUAUCACGAGUCAGAUGCCGCUGGUCGUCGAAGACUGCAAAGGAUUGCACGAUUAAUGAUUAUGUAUCCCGUUGUGUAUAUGCUGGUCUGGACACUGCCUACGGCCAUUCGGAUAUAUCAAACCAUCAAGCAUACUCCAGCUCCAUUUGCAUUGCAGACGAUCGACAAGGCCUGCAUUGUGUCACAAGGUCUCGUCGACGCCAUAAUCUAUGGUGUCAAUGAAUCUUCUCUGAGUCGAUGGCGCGAGCUCAUAUUCCCGUCCAGCGAUAAGGAUGUCACAGAGACUGUUUCAGCCAGAAACAUCGAUACCAGAGUAUCUACGCGGGUGCACUCAAAUGCAGCCGUUGCCUCUUCUGCGUCUAGUAGCAAAGUCAUAAUCACAACGUCGAUUGAGCAGGAGACAAGCAGUAUCGAUAAAGAUGAUGGGGUGGAGCUCACAGAAAUGAGGCCGGUUUUUAGGCAAAACUCAGAACAUUCCGAGGUCCACGACGUCAUCUCAACGCCAAUAUUCACAGACCAAGUCGGCAAAUACCUCAAACAACACGCACCCAAAAAGAAAGCACCCCAAUAUGGACUGCUGGCCUGCGACAUCUCUAAUGGUUCAGCGCUAAACGAGUCUUCUAGGUUGUUCUACAACGUCGCGGCUCCUUCUAGCGUCUUUAUUUGUGGGAGUCAAGGCUCUGGAAAGAGCCAUACAUUGGCAACGCUACUGGAGAAUUGUCUCGUGAGAUCCGUUGCGAAUGCCUUGACUCGACCGCUGGCAGGGCUGGUCUUUCAUUAUGAUUCCUUCGUAUCGGAUUCAGGCGGUAUCCCAUGCGAAGCAGCGUGUCUGUCCUCUAAUAAGAAAAAUAUCUACGCCUGUCUCCCCAACGUCACGGUUCAAGAGCUUCGCUUCAGUCAAGAUGACCUAAACACAAAACGCAUGUUGAACCUGAUGGUAGCAAGCCCGGGCCAAGGCGAAAAAAUGCCACUGUACCUUCACACCGUUACGCGCAUUUUGCGAGAACUGAGAAUCAAGCAGCAACAGCGAGGAGGGGGCUUCAACUACCAAGAGUUUAAGAAUGCCAUGAAAGCUGCGAAUCUCACUAAACAGCAAUCUGCUCCUCUUCACCAACGACUGGAAACACUGGAGAGCUUUAUGGUGAAGCAGGACGCUCCUGCGGAAGGACCAAAAAGUAAGAAAGGGGAGGGAAAAGCAGCGCCGAAGAACCAAGGCAAAGUUGACUGGACACAUGUUAGUGGCCAGCUGACCAUUGUCGACCUAUCCUGCCCAUGCGUAACCGCAGAACAAGCAUGCUCUUUAUUCGAUAUAUGUCUCAGUCUCUUCCUCGAGCAGAAAACAGACUUGGGACGAGUAGUGGCACUGGAUGAGUCACACAAGUACAUGAACAAUACCAACGAAAGCAGCGUUUUCACAGAGUCCCUAUUGUCUGCAAUCCGCCUCCAACGCCACAACGGUACGAGAAUCAUUAUAUCUACACAGGAGCCUACAGUAUCUCCGAACCUAUUGGAUCUCUGCUCCAUCACAAUUGUUCAUCGUUUCACAUCGCCGGUCUGGCUUCAAGUUCUCCGGCGCCACCUUGCGGGGGCUUCUAAUAAUGACGAGUCAGGCGCCAAAGGGCUGGAAACACCAAAUGAAAGCGAGCAGGGUUCUAAACAAUAUUGGACCAUUCCAGCAUCUGAGAUUUUCUCCAACAUUGUGCAACUCCGCACUGGUGAGGCAUUUGUAUUUGCUCCAAGCGCUAUAGUCGACGCUAUACCCAAGACUCACGCAGGGGCUUCUGUUGCACAGAAGGGCGGCGAUUGGCAACCGGUUUUUCUUGGUGAUGGAAUCAUCAAAGCGAUAACCCCUCACAAUGAGCUCAUCGGCCUCGGCAUUCCACUUCUCCGACGGAACAGCCAGAGCGACUGUUGCGGACAACAUAAUGUACGUGAUCACGGUGGUGAAUCUCAUGAUGCCUCCUUUGGGUUAUGUAUAACAGCUGGACUUACAACUACCGAUUCGCUGCUUUACGAUACAGGCCUAUCCCCAUAUUUCAACCCGCAGCCGCGUCAUGUUAUACGAACUAGAACUUAA